AUGCCCCUAGACACAAUCUCAACUUACUCACAAACCCUGCUCAGACAAGAUGGCCGACGAUGGAAUGAGCUGCGGCGCAUCACCGCCUCAAUCUCAACUCAGCCUUCUAGUGAUGGGUCUAGUAUGCUCACUAUGGGUAACACGGUGGUCCUCUGCACCGUGACUGGGCCAAGAGAAGGCCGCGGCCAACGCGACAAUAAUAACGCCCUCGUUGAGACCGACCUGAACGUCGCACCCUUUGCAUCAAUGGACCGGCGCCGGCGAACCCGUACCGACAAGCAAAUCCAAGAACUACAAUCCACGAUAUCCUCGUCAUUUCAGUCCCACUUGUUCACGCACUUGUAUCCACGCUCUCUAAUCACCAUCUCCUUGCACGUCUUGAGCCUUGAUGGAGGUCUGCUCGUCGCGUGCUUGAAUGCCGCUAGCCUAGCGUUGGUCGACGCCGGCGUGCCCAUGCCGAGCAUCCUUGCCGCCGUGAGCUGCGGGGUUAUUGUUCCCACCGACGAUUCCAAGGCCAAAGCAGAGCCCGUGUUGGAUUUGAACAAUGCAGAAGAGCAAGAACUGGCAUUUCUUACAGUGGCUACAGUCUCCGGUGGCGAGACGCAGGAGGAUAAGGUGUCGGUGCUGAUGAUGGAGUCACGGGUCGAGAUCGCCGCCGGCAGCGGCAAGGUGGAGGCCAUGCUGGCAACGGGUGUCGAUGGCUGUAAAGAGGUGAGGAGGAAGAUGGAGGAUAUGGUCAGGAAGCAUGGCGCCAAGGUCAUGAUGAGUCGGAGGUGA